AUGUCCAACCAUCGCGACGACAUCAACGCCAUCCUCGACACGCACACCGAGCUUGACCCAUCCCAGCGCGAGAUAUCCCACCCCCCACAAUCAUACACAUACUACCAUGCGGGACCAUUAUUCACACUUGCCGAACUGCACACCAACACUUUAUUAUCACAAGCCAUCCAGAGAAAGUCACGGGGGAAAUUCAUCCCCAUAUUGCCACAGGACUUGGAGCAACGCGACCUAAACCCCCAGUCGAUCAGAGACGAAGAUCUGCGCGCCUUGUUGGCUUGUGACCUGGCAAUGUUCACGUACGACGGGGCCGAGCUGGACGCCGGUACGGUGGUGGAGUAUAUGGUGUCCAAGAUGGCCGACAUCCCUGCCGUGAUUCUGAGGUCGGAUUUUCGGGGAGCUGGAGACCAAGGCGGAAAAGGUGACUCGUGGAACUUGAUGAGCUCUUGUUGGCCUAGGACUGUCGGUAUCUCUGUCGACGCCAUGUUGGAGUACAAGUCCGCUCUUUCGAGAAGCAUGGGCCAAGGGAACGGCACGACUGAUCCAGGUGAAAAUAUGGUUGAAGAAAUUGCACAGAGAGUCAUCGACGGCUUUGAGCGAGUCUUGAAGGAGCCCCCAAGGUUGCCCAAGGAGCUCAGGGAGAGCGUGUAUCAUUGGCUUGCACUUAUGCCUGGUUUCAAAAAUGGCGGUGAUCGCAACAAUGCUGCAUUACUCGCCAAGUUGUUUACAAUAUGGCAGCGCCUCAAUUCUUACUUCCUCGGGGCCGAGCUUCCCAAUUCCGCUCUUCGCGAGAAGACGCAAACAUUGGGGGCUGCAUGGAACGUCGUGUGGGUCUUUGUGACCAAUUUCACCAUCCCGUAUAUGAUCGACGAUAUCCACUUUGCAGUCGGAUGGGUGUUUGGUAGCGUUUCGGUCGUGGCAGUGAUAUUCACUUUCUUCUUCCUCCCAGAGACGAAGGGUCGUGCACUCGAGGAGAUUGACGCCAUUUUUGCGAUCCCAUUUAACCCCUUCCGCAAAACCCCAUUCAUUUCACCAACGCAGAGCUACGUGUUGGCCAACUCGAAGGGGACAAACAGGUGGAGAUGA